CAUUGCUAAUGUACUUCCAGUGUUGUGACCUUUGUUUACUGUCUGCGGACUGUGAAAAUAUUCAGACAUUCCAAUACUUCGUAAUAGCUUCGUAAUUUGGAGCUCCGGUCGCUAAAGGGAUUAGUCGAUAUUUUUAAAUAUGAAUUGCACCACAGCACACAGCUUCCCGCAUGUUAAGAUGGAGAAUGAUUUUCCUAAACAGAAGAGGCAAGAAGUGAGCCAGCUGGUUUGUCGAUAACGUCGUCGGUACUCGCUCCUCUUCCAUAGUUAACGUUACGGUGUUGUCAAGCAGGAUAGCACGUCGCCAAGCACUCAGACAGGUGAACACUGCAAGCUGAAACGGCUAAAAACUGAGCCGCUCAACGGCUAGCAAGCAAAGCUUUCCCUUUUCCGUGGUGGAAAAGACACCAGUCUGGGUUGCAUAAGCUAGUCUCUUUUUUUUUUAACCAUGGCCUGUAGUUUCCUAAACACGGAUGAGACCUCUCCACCGGCUCUGACAGACCUGUGCCUGAAUCAUGUGAGCCAGCAUCUGGAGUGUUUCUGUGUGAAGCGCCCUGAUGGCUCCUUGUCCUUCAGAGAGGCUGUACUCUUCCCACAGGAGCUAGCAGACCAGCUGCUGGCCAAGAUGGCUACCGAAGGUCUGUUGAAUGACAGCACAGUGGGUGUAUUUCGGCACUGUCAAUACCUGCGGCUGAGACGAGCAUGCAUCCGUACAGCACGUAUCUCCGCAGAGGCCUUUCAGAAGGCCCUCUGCCCUCACAGACUGUUGGAGCUGGAUGCUGCUCGGGUCAAUGCAGACCUCACUAUUCCUGAUAUUCUACAGGGACUAGCCACCAAUAAAUAUUGCCAGGAGUCCCUCCAGCGACUUGUCUUAACAGGUCUCACCAUGUCCUCUCUGGAGGAACCGAUCCUGUAUCCCUUCAGCUCCCUCCAGGGCCUCCGCUCCCUCUCUCUAGCCAACGUAGAUUUCUACGACUCCGGGCUUGUGGACGUGUGUUCCCUGCCUCGGCUGGAGAGCCUCGAUCUCUCCAACACUUCAGUUACCAACCUGAGCCCACUGCUGGGCCUGAAGGAGCGGCUGCGCUCACUAACACUGCACCAGCUGAAAAGGCUGGAGAUGAGCACUGCUCAGCUGCUGGGAGUCAUUGGCCAGUUGGAUGUAUUGCAGCACCUGGACAUCAGUGAUGAUAAGCAGUUUACCUCUGACGUGGCUCGUCAACUGCUUGGACAGCCAGGAAUCCUUCCUGCUCUGGUUUCCCUGGAUGUGUCAGGAAGGAAACAGGUGACUGAUGCAGCCAUCAAGGCAUUUGUUGAGAAGAGACCAGGGAUGACCUUUGUGGGACUUCUGGCCACAGAUGCUGGAUUUUCGGACUUUCUCUCUGGAGAAGGAAAUCUAAAGGUAACAGGAGAAGCCAACGAGACACAGAUCUGCGAGGCCUUGCGUCGCUACAGUGAGAGGGAAGGUUUUGUGAGAGAAGCUCUGUUUCAUCUGUUCGGCCUGACCCAUGUCAUGGAGAAACCCAGGCCCGACAUCCUCAAGCUGGUAGUGCUGGGUAUGAAGAAUCACCCUGCGACUCUGAAUGUCCAGCUGGCAGCCAGUGCCUGUGUGUUCAACCUGACGAAGCAGGACCUGGCAGCAGGAAUGCCAGUGCGACUGUUGAGCACCGUCACUCAGCUGCUACUGGAGGCCAUGAGGAUGUUCCCCAACCACCAGCAGCUGCAGAAGAAUUGCCUGCUGUCUCUGUGCAGCGAUCGCAUUUUGCAGGAAGUUCCAUUCAACAGGUUUGAAGCUGCCAAACUAGUGAUGCAGUGGCUCUGCAACCAUGAAGACCAGAACAUGCAGAGGAUGGCUGUGGCUAUCAUUUCCAUACUGGCUGCAAAGUUGUCCACAGAGCAGACGGCUCAGCUGGGAGCAGAGCUGUUCAUCGUGAAGCAACUGCUCCACAUUGUGCACCAGAAGGCUACUCAGGGUGUGGUGGACGCCACCCUCAAAUUUACACUGAGUGCACUCUGGAACCUCACUGAUGAAUCCCCAACAACCUGCCGCCAUUUUAUUGAGAACCAGGGCCUGGACUUGUUUAUUAAAGUUCUAGAGUCCUUCCCCAAAGAGUCCUCUAUUCAGCAGAAGGUUCUCGGUCUGCUGAACAACAUAGCAGAGGUCGGGGAGCUGCAUGUGGAGCUGAUGGUGCAGGGGUUCUUGGACCACAUCAGCACCCUGCUGCACAGCCCAGAGGUGGAGGUCAGCUACUUCGCCGCGGGCAUCCUUGCACAUCUGACGUCCCGAGGAGAGGAAGCCUGGACGCUCAGCCCCAAGCUUCGAUCCACACUGCUGGAACAACUGCAUGAUGUCAUUAUGAAGUGGCCUGCACCUGAGUGUGAAAUGGUGGCCUACAGGUCAUUUAACCCCUUCUUUCCCCUACUGGAGUGCUUUCACACCCCCGGGGUCCAGCUGUGGGCGGCCUGGGCCAUGCAGCAUGUCUGCAGCAAGAACGCCGCACGCUACUGCAGCAUGUUGUUGGAGGAGGGCGGCCUGCAGCAGCUGGAGCUGGUUCAUACACACCCACAGACCCACAAAGACGUCAAACUGUUGGCUAAGAGCAUUCUGGAGAGCCUGCAGCGCCACAGAGCCCGCACCGGUCAGCCUGCACACAAGUCACCGGCUGCUGCCACAAAAACCUCACCGAGAAAAUGAGGCUCCCCAACCCACCACAGAGGGGAUUAGUGUGUUGUGUGUGUGCAUACCCCACGCACUAACACACAAUUUAUCAAGAAUCCCAGGAAAGUAAACAGUAAAGGAUGGAGACUACGCAUUUCUUUGCACACACACUAAAUCUAUUUAUUUUCUUUGUUUGUUUCAAAACUGAAAUAUUUCUAUGUGUGCUAAUGUUGUGAUAAAAAAAUGUAAGUUUUAGAACUGUUGGUUUUUGAAGCUUAAAUCUCAACUUGAGGUUUGUGUCUGUGCUGGCUCAAUAGUCUGACAUCGGCAUGUUAAUGAUUUUUGUACCUAGCAAAAAAAAAGUGCAAACCCACAAAACUCAGUUUGGGAUUGAUCCCCCAGAAGCUCUGCUGAGGGCAAUACCACAGAAAUAGAAAGAGUAGAAUGGGCAUUCAAAUGAAUUUAGCAGGAUGGUCAGAGCAACGGCCAUUUUUAUGUGCACCAUUGCCAAUGCAAAGAACUGUGACUGUAUUUCAAUAGAAAUAGAACGUUCAACUAGUCCAAUGACCAAGGCAAACCGUUCGAUGUCUGUUCUACUCUCAUUGUAUUUCUAUGGUUGACAUCCUGGGGCUCCUGUAUGUUACUGAGGGCUCUCUGGCUGUCUGAAUUGGUCGAUUAAGCUCUUUAGAUAUACACACACACACACACACACAACACUUCUGUGAGCUCAAGCAUGCCAGAGUUUAAAUGCUUGUACUGUUCAUUUUAGGAAUGGCUGCUUAACGCCUCUGGGUCCUCAAUACUGCUGUUGCUCUCUUUAUUUAGUCUUAUAUCAGCUAAAAGCUAGCUUUAAUUUGAUGUGACAAGACACAUGCCUAGGGUGUGUUCAGUGGGGUUUGGAUGUCCCGAACAUUAAAAGAUGAAAACCUACAUUUUUGGAGAGGUUAUAUCUCUUUGAGAAGCUCCAUUGCAUUUUUCUUUCCCAAACAUUCAGUGGCAAAGCCAGCAGUGCUGUGAUCAAGAUCCAGAGUAGAAUAAUUUCAAAUGAUGCCAUCAAUUGUGUCCACUUUGAACACAUGUUGCAAUAAUGAUGGGGUCAGUAUAUUCAUGAUGGUUGUACAUGUAUUUUCUUUGAGAUGCUUGUUUAUAUAUUGGUAUGUUUGCUGUGCUUUCCACUGCGUCUUAAAGACACAGACAGAGACAGCACUUUGGUGUGAGCAUGUGUGUACUUCCUGUACGUCUGUACAAAUAGCUGCAGCUUAAGAGUGUAUGUAAUUUGUACAUAAUAGAAAAGGAUACAAAAAGUAAUUGUUUGUUCAAGACUGGUUGGAUCUGUUUGCAUGGAACUUAUUAUAAUCCAUGUUCUAUAGUUUAUCUGAGAAUUAUGAUUAUAGAACAAAGUGAAAAGAGAAGAAACAUUGUUUACCUUGAAAAAGUGGGGAUGUCAUUAGAAAUGUAGAGUAUGUUACUGUACUGAAAUGACUGGCUGUGUGACAGUACUCUCCUCCAGGAUGCCAUUUUAUUAGAUACUCUUCUACUGUCCAGAGACGGCCGCCAUUUGCUGUAGCAGAUGCAGAUGCCAGAUGCCCACAAUCUCCUUUUUUUCAUUGGAGGUAUUGAUUCCCAGCAUCAUAAACUAUGCAAUCAAAACUAAUGUUGCGUUACAAACUUCUGUCUAACCCCUUAUACAACAUUUUUUAGGCAAAGUGGAUUUUGGUUUAAGUAGGAAUGAUAGUGACAGGUCAGAGGACUUGUAUAGCUUAUAUAUAUGAAUAUAUUCGGCUAUGAACUGGUACCCUAAAACAGCUGUUAGCAAAACCUCUAUCACCUCAUCUGCUCAGUAAAUCAGUUGUAUAAGCUUGCUAAUUACGCAUGUGUCCUGAGCUGAUCUCAUCAGUUUAGAGAAGGGCAAAGAGCAGCAGAUAACACCGAAUCAGUUUGUCUUUUCUGUUGCUCCUGAUGUGUUGGGAUUGUUUAGUAGAAAGGCCAGUUUAAUUAUUACAAGAGUUUAAAA